CCAGUAAAGUUUCACUUUCGCUUUAUCUUUAUUUGCCGCAAAGACGGGUAGUAGUGUGAAAUAUUCAUCUUUGUUACUAAUUCAGACAGGGUUAAAAGGUUUAGACGUAUAAGUCAGAGAUAUUCUUCGAAAUUUUAAAGCACAGAGAUGUCUAAUUUGGAUGAAACAAUAGCUGAAUCUCCAAGAAAAAGACAGAGGCUGGAAGAAGAUUCACGUCAGAAUGAUGCAUGUUCAUCGACACAGGCAGAGAGAUAUUUACCAUUUAAUCAACAAAUACCAUCUAGAACAAGAGACUGGAGAAAAAUUCAUUUAUCGCAACUAAACAUAGAAAUUGACAGUUCUCCUCUGUCAGCCAUUGGAGUUAUGACCUAUGGAUACACAGAAUUUCUUAAAAACGAUUCAGUCCAUCCUGUUUCAAAGGUUGUUGAAAAACUAUAUGCAUCCAGGAAUCCGCAGAUACGAGCAUAUUAUGAAUGUUGCUUGUUUGCUUGUACGGAUUUUCUUACAAUUGACAAUAAUACCAUUUUUGAUAUAUCAUCUGAACACAUUGAAAGAUUGAUUAUGGAGCUAGAAAAGCCAUUUAGACAUUCAAAAUUUUGUAAAUGGUUGGAAUCGUUUUCAGUUGGAAAAAGUGACACUAUAAAAGACUACAUAAUGGACACAUGUAGAAGUAUUCACAUACGGGUAAAAGACUUCUGUGACCAGUUAUUGUACAUGUUACAGUGUGGGGAAAUGGAAACAACAAAUGAAAUGUAUGGGGAACUGUUUAGGCUGUUUCUGAGAAUUUUUGGUUUGAAAGUGAGGCAAUGUUCAAACUACAAAAAGACAACUUCAGUUGUAGCUAUUGGUGAAAAGACCAUUAAAUCAACUCCAGAUGCACUUAUUUGUAAAACUACCAAGUCAUCUCCUUCAAGUGAAAAAGUGUUAGCUUUAAUUUAGGUAAACAAAUAUGGCAAGACUUAUGACAGAGAAUUAGGAGAAAAUUUGCAAAAUACCACAAAAGAGCAUGAACCCAGUGACUCGAAUUCAAAGGGCCAACUUGUGGGGGAUAUGUUAGCAGCAUUGCCUGAGUCAGUUUUUGGUCUAAAUGGUACAUAUGGAAUAAUUAUUCAAGGAACUGAGGUAACCUUUUCUUCAAUGAGUGUAGGAGAGAACAGGUUUGAACAACUAAAAAGUGGAUCUUUGCAUGGUACACCACUUUAUGUGAAGCAAAGUAGUACCUAUAACUUUCUCAGACAAAGGGACAGGGAAAAUCUCAUUCAGCUGUUUGUUGACAUGAAAUCACUACUUGAUCUUCUAGUAUAACCCAUAUCAAAUCUGAGAGAGCUUACAGAUUAAAAAAGUUCUUUUUUAAUGGUGAUCAUUAUAAGAACAAUCUAAGUCUUGUGAUGGUGCCUAUACCACUAUAUAUCAUUUACAUUACCCUGGGUAAUUUAACCAUAUUAAUGUUGCCAGUUUUACAUGAUUUGACUAUUCUGUACAAAUAAACAAUAUUUUUAAAAUACA